GGAAAGAACAUGUUUGUCCCUGGAAUAUCUGCUUCCUUUCCUGCCUUAGAGAUGUGGUGACUGGCGUCCUUGUCUGACUCUACCCCUCUGUUGAACAGCACUGUUUACUGUCAUGGGGCCUACUGACCCCAUCCUGGCCAUGGUGGGAGAAAACACGACGUUACGCUGCCAUCUGUCUCCCGAGAAAAAUGCUGAGGACAUGGAGGUGCGGUGGUUCCGGUCUCACUUCUCCCCGGCAGUGUUUGUGUAUAAGGGUGGGAGACAGAGAACAGAGGAGCAGAUGGAGGAGUACCGAGGAAGAACCACCUUUGUGAGCAAGGACAUCAGCAGGGGCAGCGUGGCCCUGGUCAUACACAACGUCACAGCCCAGGAGAACGGCACCUACCGCUGUUACUUCCAAGAAGGCAGGUCCUCCGAUGAGGCCAUCCUGCGCCUCAUGGUGGCAGGACUGGGCUCUGAGCCCCUGGUUGAAAUGAGGGGUCACAAGGAUGGGGGCAUCCUACUGGCGUGCAUAUCCGGAGGGUGGUACCCAAAGCCCUUCACGGUGUGGAGGGACCCCUCCAGUGAGGUCGUGCCUGCCCUGAAGGAGGACUCCACCUCUGACACAGACAGCCUCUUCAUGGUCACCACAGCUGUGAUCAUCAGAGACAGGUCCAUGAGGAACAUGUCCUGCUCUGUCAACAACACCCUGCUCGGCCAGAAGAAAGAAAGUGUCAUUUUUAUUCCAGAAUCCUUCAUGCCCAGUGUGUCUCCCUGUGUGGUGGCCCUGCCUGUCAUUGUGCUUAUUCUGAUGAUACCCAUUGCUGUAUGCAUGUAUUGGAUCAACAAACUCCAAAAGGAGAAAAAGAUUCUGUUAGGGGAAAAGGAGUUUGAACGGGAAAUGAGAGAAAUUGCUAUAAAGGACCUGGAGAAAGAACGUGUGGAAAAAGAGAAAGAACUUCAAAUAAAAGAACAACUUCAAGAAGAACUGAGUAAGUUUAGCCUUUCCUGAACUACUGCGUGUACAAUUUGUGUUCUGCUCAGUUAGCAGCAUCUCAUGACAUUCCCCUCUGU